AUGGAGCUGUCCGACCUGCUCAUCAACCCGUCUAACUUGCAAACCGGUCGGAUCUGGACGACCAAGAGCCGGCCUUCUGCGACAGACGGCCUGCUCUUCACCCUUGGGCUGCAGCAGCAGAGGCGCGGCGGCAACGCGUUCGUACAGGUGGCCUUCAACUGCCGCUGCGACACGGUCGCCGCCCUCGACGAGCACGGGCAGGUCAUCUCCUUCGACCUGGAGCACAACCGCUACGCCGUGCUCAAGCGAGGCGGCUCUGCCGGCGUCGCCCUCGCCUUCUCCUCCACCCUCUCGCACGAACUCUUUGUGGCGCUCGAGGACGGGCUCGUCGAGGCGCUCGACGCCGCCAAGCGGGCGGCGGUGGGGCUCGAGACGUCUCGGGACGCCGAGUCGCAGGCGCAGUACCAGGCGCCGGGCGCCGUCCUCCGCGGCCACCGCGGGCCGGCCCACACGCUCGCCUGCCACCCGUCGGCGCCUCUACUGCUCGCCUGCUCGGCCGACCUCGUCUCUCUGUGGGAGAGCCGCGCGCUGCGCCGCGUGGGCACGCUGGCGGCGGGCUCGCCUCCGGGCGCGGCGCCGACGGAGCCCUUCGUGAGCGCCGCCCUCUCUCCGAGCGGAGGCCACGUCCUCACCUGCCUCCCUCACGCGGUGGUCGUCUGGCGCUCGGCCGACCUCGGCGAGACGGCGACGUACAAGCUGCCGCCCUCGCACGCGUCGGUGCCGCUGUGCUCGGUCACCGUCGACGGCAGCGGCUCGCACGCCGUCGGGGCGGGCGCAGGCGGCCUCCUCGCGCUGUGGUCGCUUCGCUCCCACCUGCUGCUCAAGCUGCUCGAGGUGCCGGGCGGCUCCGCCAUCUCGCAGGCGGCCUGGCUCCCUGCGCCGAGGCAGGAGCGGCUGGCGCUCGUGUGCGCGGACGGCGCGCUCCGCUUCGUCGUCCCGUCCGCGGACGAGGUUGUCGGCACGCUGCGGCCGCGGGGGGGGCGCGGAGGCGGGUGCGGCUUCCGCAGCGUCGCUGCCGACCCGCUCGGCCGCGCCAUCGCCGCCGUCUGCUCCGACGGGCGGAUCGCCCUCUACUCGCUCGAGGGAGGGAGCGGUGGCGCGGGUGGCGGCGGCGUGGGCGGCGGCGGUGUGGGCAGCGCGUUGCGUCGUGAGCCGGAGUGGGCUCAGCGCGAGUGGGCUCAGCGCGACGGGUCACGGCGGGACGGGGAGCGGCGGGACGGGGAGCGGCGGGCACCAGAGCGGCGGGCACCAGAGCGGCGGCAGCGAGGGCAGCGCGAGCCGGUGCCGCGCCGGGCGGCGCCGCAGCGCUCGCGGCGGCUUGCCGGAGGGCGGCGGGAUCGCGGCGGCGCGGCGGAGGCGGAGGCGGACUUUCAUCGCACGCCGCUGCUGCAGGGCAGGUCGAACCUGGCGCAGCUGCUGCCCCUCUCGCGGCUCGGUCUGCUGCCGGAGGAGUCGGCGCUGCUCGACGCGCGCAAGCUGCGCUCGAUCCUGCAGCGCUCCGGCCGCUUCCCCGACGAGCACCGCAGGCUCGUGUGGCGGUUCCUGCUCCAGCUGCCCGGCAACGUGUCGGCGCACAAGGGCCUCUCCGCCAGGGGGCAGCACCCGGCCAACGCGCCUCUGCACGACCGGCUCUCGCUGCGCAGCCGGCGGGGCGGCCGGCUCGAGCGGCUUCUCUCUUGCCUCUCGCACUGGUGCCCGCUCCUCGCGUGCGGGCCCGGGCUCGAGGGGAGCGUGCUGCCGUGGGCUCUCGCCUACGACGGGGACGAGCUCUCCGCCUUCGAGGCCUCCGCCACCGUGCUCGCCAACUGGGGGCAGCGCUUCUACGAGUGCCACUCCCACCCGCCCGUCGAGCUGCUCGCCUCCGUCUCGGCCCUCCUCGCCUACCACGCUCCGGCAGUGGCGGUGCAUCUCCAGCAGAUCGGUGCGGACCCCGCCGCGUGGGCGUGGCCGCUGCUCCAGUCCUUCUUCUCGCGCGCCCUCUCGCCCGCCGACUGGAGGGCGGUGUGGGACCACCUGCUCGCCCACGAGCCCGUGUUCCUGCUCCCCGUCCUCGUCGCGUACGUCAAGCUGCACGGGCCCGCCCUCCUCGCCGCCGGCUCCGCGCAGCAGGCCUGCGCGACGCUGCUCGUCGACUCUGUGCUGCGCGUCGAGCCUUGGAUGAAGGCGGCCUACGCGCUGCUCGACGCGACGCCCGACGACCUCCUGCCGCGCUGGGCCCCCUUCUCGCCCCUCCCGCAGGGCCACUCCUACCCGCGACACAUGGUGCCGCAAGCCACGUCCGUCGUCCUCGACGGCCGCGCAGAGGUGGAGCGCAUCAAGGCGGAGGAGGCCGAGAUACUGCAGCGGCGCUACCUCGCGGCGAGGGCCGCCGAGGCGGGCGACGAGGCGGUGCGCUCCGCCGCCGCCGCAGAGGCGAGGCGGCUGGAGCGGGAGGAGGAGGAGGAGCGCGCGUGCGAGGCGCUCGAGGUUGCGCGGUGGCGGCUGCGCCGGCCCGACGGCUCGGCCGAGGCGGCCGCAGCAGAGCUGGCUCGGUCGGAGAGGCUGGCGGAGCGAGCUCGAGAGGAGGAGGCGGAGGAGGCGCGCGCUCACGCGCAGAGGCUGCGUGGCCUCGAGGCUGCGCUGCGCGAGGUCGACGCGCAGGCGGCGAGGGAGGCGGAGGCGAGGGAGGCGGAGGCGAGGGAGGCGGAGGCGAGGGAGGCGAGGGAGGCGGGAGAGGCGUGGGCGAGGGAGGCGGAGCCUCGAGCCGCGGAGCAGCACGCCCGCUUGGACGCGCCUCCUCGGCCCUUCCGCGAGCGUCUCGCGGCGGAGGAGCCUCGACUGUCGCCGAGCCAUCGCGAUUGGGCAGAGGCAGGCUGCGGCGGCGUGAUAGCGGCAAGCCACGCCGCCGAGGCUGAGCAUGAGGCUGCUGAGGAGGCGGGGCUGGAGGUGGGGGCAGAGCCGGCGGCGGGCGGGAGGCGCGCGCGGCGCGAGGCCGCGGGGGUGGGGGCGUCGGCCCGCGAGGCGGCGGGCGCUGAGCUGCGGCGGUUGCGCGAGGAGCUCGCCGCUUCGGAGGCGGUCCGUGCCGCCGAGCUGGCGCGGAUCCGCCGCGCUGAGGAGGUGGAGAGCGAGCGAGCGGCCGAGCGGGCGGCCGAGGCGCAGCGGGCCCUUGCCGAGGGGUGGGGGCGCGGCGUCCGGGCUGCGGCGGGGCCGAAGCCGCCACCGCCGCCGCCAGAAGCUUGGGUUUGCGAGCCGAAGCCGCCGGCGGCGGGUUGGAUUGGAGAGGAGGAGAAGAGGCGUGCCGUGGUCGAUCCGGAGGCGGCCGAUCCGGCGGCUGCCGAGCCGGCGGCUGCCGAGCCGGAGGAGGGCGAGCCGGAGGAGGGCGAGCCGGAGGAGGGCGAGCCGGAGGAGGGCGAGCCGGAGCGGCUCCAGGCGCCGCGCCGCACUCGACGCGUUUUUGCGGCGUGUCCUAUGUUGCUGACGCGUCCGCCGGGUGCCCCGCAGGCGCUGCUGCGGACGCUGCAGCGACAGCGUGCCGAACACGCGUCGGUGGUGGCGCGAGGUUCCGCGGCCAUUGGCCACGCGUUGGGCGAGCCCGCCCCCCUCCCGCCUCUCUCCUCCUCCCUCGAGGCGGCCCUCGCCCCCGCUAUCGGCUCCGCGGUGCCACCCGCUCGUGGCACGGCCGACUCCCCGGCGCGCGAGCGCGCUGGGCGGUCUGCACCGGGCAGUCAGGGAGCCGAGAGGCGCGUCGAGACGGACGAGCUCCUGCGGCAGUACCGGCGAUCGCGCGGGUCCGGCACGCCGGCGGCCUCACCCGCAGCGGGGGCGGCGGGCGACGGCGAGGUUGCCGCGGCGGCUGGCACGGCGUGCGCGACGCUGCUCGCCGACCAGUUCGACGCGCACGAGGAAUGGGUCUCGUCCUUGCGCGCGAGCGCUGAGGCGGUUCACGCGACACACCAGCGGGCGCAGGCAGCCCUGGCGUCGAUGAUGCCGGCCGGCGCGGCAGCGACGCUGUCGCGCACGCCCAACAAGUAGACUCGGAACCUCAUCGGCAUGACCCUUGGCGGUUGGGACUUGGGAGGCGCAUGAGUGGCCAUGAACGUGGAUAGAUUUGUCUAGCUUUCCUCGCACCUACG